ACAUUUACUGAGUACUGAGUGAGGUUAGAAUUGCACGCGAAUAGCGCACUGUUUCUGUUAUGAAACUUUAUUAAUAAUAUGACAAUGGCGAAACAUCCAUCUAAAAUAGCAUAUCCAUUCAAGAAAACUAAUAAAAAGAUAUAUGCACCUCCGAAGGCUACAGAAACGCCAGAUUCAGUAUAUUGGAAGAAACUUGGGUUACCAGUCCUUGUCAAAGAAUAUGGAGCCAUUGACUAUUUGGACUUUUGUCCGGUACAGCCCUAUUAUUUUGCCGCCACAUGCUCUGUCAGAGUUCAGGUUUAUGACCCAAUAACUAAAGUAGUAGCCAAGAACCUGUCUCAAUUUGUGGAAGGUGCCUAUGGAGCAACCUUCAGGGGUGACGGCCGUCUCCUAGUGGCAGGCAGUGAGGAAAAAGUUGUCAAACUAUUUGACGUCCAAUCCAAAAAUGUACUUAGGGUGUUUACAGGACAUACGGCACCUGUGCACAGGACAUUCUUCACAAAAGACAACCUAAAAGUUCUUAGUUGUUCAGAUGACAAAUCUGUUGGUCUUUGGGACAUUGCUACCGAAGCAAGAGUCGCAAACUUUACAGAACACACAGAUUAUGUCAGAGCUGGGGCCACAAGUCCGAUAUCCCCAGAUAUCAUCUUAUCUGGUGGCUAUGACAACAUUGUCAAAAUGUAUGAUUGUCGUACCAAUGAGACUGUACUCACAGUCAACCAUGGAGACCCAAUAGAGUCCACACUUUUCCUACCAUCCGGAGGAAUAUUUGUAAGUGCUGGAGGCACUCAAAUAAAAGUCUGGGACAUUUUCAACGGUGGAAAAUUACUCUCUUGCAUAUCAUCGCAUCACAAAACGGUUACAUCUUUAAGAUUGUCCAGUAAUAACAGCAGACUCAUGUCGGCAUCAUUGGACAGACACUUGAAGUUUUACGACAUUUCAACAUUUGCUGUUGUUCACAAUAUGGACUUCCCUAAUGCUAUUCUUAGUAUGGCUGUAGCCGACCGCGAUGAUGUCCUAGCAGUCGGCAUGGUAGAUGGUGUUAUAUCAAUCAGUAAACGAGAGCAUUCUAAGACAAAGAAAGUAGAAACAGAUGCAGAGAACAAAACAAGUUUUAAGUUUGUAUCGGACUUUAAUAAGCUUUCUAACAUUGAUUUAUCAGUAACUAAGAGUAAACUUGCGGCUGAACCCUUGUUGGAGAAAUAUUUGAGGAAACAUGAGUACUCAAGAUUGCUUGCGGCAACACUUUUAACUGCAUCCAAAUAUCCAAGUAGAACUGUGUGUAUGCUCCAAGAACUACUGAAAAGGAAUGUCUUCCACACAGCUUUGGGUGGCAUAGAUGACCGUCACUUAUACAAACUGCUUAAAUUUAUACAGAGGAAGUUAGGGGAGACCAUGUUUAACAGAACAUUAAUUGAUGUUUUGAAUGUUGUCAUUGAUGUAUAUGGCAACCAAGUUCAUCUUUUGACUGAAGACAACCAGCGUCUCUAUAGAAGUAUAGCUAAAAAAGUUCAAGCUGAAAUUGAAGUGUGUAAAAAGGUGAGUGAGCUGGAAGGGGCUAUUAAUAUGUUAUUAGCGGGCGCUCAAGUUGGUACGACUCCUGUAGAAACAAAUGAGAUCCUAGCUCCUUCUGCUGUUGCUCAGAAGGAAAUUGUUAUUGAUGUAUGAUUAAAAAAGUAUCGC